AUGCUAAUUCAAAAUCCAGUUUACUUUAAAAUACCUGCUGAUUAUCAAAUUACUUCGCUUACUGAACCUACUGUUCCAGAAUAUGACUCGACUGGUCAGUUAAGUCCAGUGGUUGUUCGAUUUGAGCCUGUUGUUGUUCUUGUCACGUUUAGUGUCUCUGAGUCAAGAGCAGAAGUUGUAGUCAGUUGGUUGGAGACCGAUGUUUAUUCAGUCUUGGACUUGUUGAGGGGUGAAGUUAAGGGCUUGUCAAGAUUGGGUUAG